GAAAUGUUACUUUCCUUUUUGCUUUUCUAAUUAAGCUGCAGCUUGAACGCAACAUGACUGGCAAACUCCUUCUCUACCUUUUAACAUUGUGUCCUGCAUGUAGCUUAAUUUCUGGACCAUCGCUUGAUAAUGAUUCACACAGACCAUAUAAAAAGCGUUUUGCAGUGAAACGUAUUUCUAAGCGGGAUGGUAUUAUCUGUCAACUUAACAUGCAAUAUCAAUUCAAUACAACUACUGGUGUCAUCUGCUGUAGCUCUUGUAAUCCCGGUUCUGUUGCUAUAAAUAUUGGUUGUACAAAAACUUAUCCUAUAACCAAAUGCAAAAACUGCAUAGAGGGGAAAGAGUACAUGGACAAAUUCAAUCAUAAAACCAAAUGUCUGCGGUGCAAUGAUUGUGACAAAGAACAUGGACUGGAAGUUGAAACAAAUUGUACUGCUAAGCAGAAUGUGAAAUGUAAAUGCAGACCUGGUUUCUUUUGCAAUUCUCCACCAUGCCAACACUGUGACCCAUGUGAUACGUGUGAAGAAGGUACAGUUUUAGAAAAGUGCACUGAAACUCAAAAUACCAAAUGUCAAAGGAGAGAACAUGUACCGUGGUAUAAGUGGGCACUUCCAAUUCUUUUUGUGAUUUUGGUUGCAGUUCCUGUGAUAUUCAUUAUAUGUAAGAGAAUGAGAAAUAACAGGAGGACAUACAGAAUCCCACCUGGAGAUAAGAACAAUGAAACGGAGCCUAUGUAUCCAGAUAUUGACUUGACCCCUUGUAUUCCUGACAUUGCAGAGGAGAUGAAACUAGAGCAAGUAAUGAAGUUUGUUCGGAAAUUGGGUGUAUCCCCUGUUUGUAUAGAUGCAGUCAAGAAUAAUAAUAACAAUGAUGUCACUGAGCAGAAAAUAAAAUUAUUAGAGUGCUGGUAUCAAGAGACAGGCAGAAAAGGUGCCUUUAAGACUCUAAUCACCACCCUGGAUAAACUUGAUCUUCGUGCUACUGCUGAUAAGAUUCAACAAAAAAUAAAUCCUGAGGCAUGAGAAUAACCAAUAUUUCUCUUGAAGAGUCAUGGCUGUAAUUUGAAUUCAUGCUCAAGAAAUAGACCUGACAUUUUCAACAUUUUUUCCAAUAUUCUAUACAAAAUUUUAAAAAUUCAGUUCUUUAUACAAUAUCUGACUAGCUGUAUAGCAGUGUGACAGAACUCUAUAUAAGAGAUGGACAACUUGAAGGGUCCCGAUCAGUGUUGGCUGCUAUAAGCCAGGCUAACUUUUAAAAGCACUUUAACAUGGUUGUUCAUGUUUUAUAAUAAAUAAAACAAUGUUUCACAGUAUUAAUAUAAUAAGCAGGAUUUUUAAAAGAAAGUUUAAACCAAAAAAAAAAAGUUUUUCGCCCAACCCAGAACAGAAGCCAACUUUUGGGACACACCCCAGGAAUUCCAUUUUCUACCCCCUUCCCAAUGAAAGCAACGAUAUCUAUUAAUCUAUUUCUAUUUUUAUAAACUUCUUUAAAGACAAAAUAAGGCUUGGACAUACAUGUCUUGGUUUAAAGAAGAAUUGGUUUUCCUAGAAUGCAAUUCCCUAUUUUUUAAAGCAAAACAAAUGGAUCAAUGUGGCUGUAGAGUAUGAUGUAGCUGACUGUGGUCCAUAGGUAAACUCCUGCAGAAAGGUGACAGAAAGAAGGAGAAGUACCGUAUAUACUCAAGCAUAAGUCGACCCGAAUAUAAACGGAGGCACCUAAUUUACCAUAAAAAACUGGGAAAAUAUAUUGACUCGAGUAUAAGACAAGAGUGGAAAAUGCAGUAGCUACUGGUAAAUUUCAAAAACAAAAAUAAAAAUAGGUACAAUAUAAUUACAUUAAUUGAGGCAUCAGUAGGUUAAAUGUUUUUGAAUAUUUACAUAAAAUUUUAAACUUAAGAUAAUAAGACUUUAAUAAGAUAAGACUGUCCAAAAGCAAACCCAAAUAUAUGUGAGCCAGGACUCUCACUCGAGUAUAAGCCAAGGAGGGCUUUUUCAGCCCCUAAAAAGGACUGAAAAACUUGGCUUAUACUCGAGUAUAUGUGGUAAUAGUAAAAAUAAUUGUGUCAAAGCAGAAGAUGACAGAAGUAGGUCCCAAACCGAGGACCUAGACAAAUAGACAUAUCCUUUUAUGACGUCAGAGGGGGCAGGCCCUGGUGUAUGAUAAAUUAAAAAUACCAAGACAAAGAAAUGAGGAAAAUAUAUGUCCACAUUUUUUCAAGGCAUUGUCUUUAUGCUGAAUUCUACCAUUUAGCCUGAGGAGAGCUAAGAGGUCCCAGAAAUGGAAACUCAGGGACAAAUAUCUGGGAAACCUACUAAUGAGAUAUAUCCAUGAUCUCUGACUUUUCUUCUCAGUUAGGAAGAAUGGUAGAAUAAAAUAAAUUUUCAAGAAAUGAAUGCAAAUAUCAAUUGUAAAAUGUUUAACAUAAAUCCGUUAAUUGUUCAAGGGAUUAUUGUCUUACAGAUUUUCAGAAAGCGACUGCUAGAAAUAUAUUGUUAUGGCACAGUGGCCAGGAACCUGGGCCACGUUGACUUAUAACCUAUUUGUGAGCAUUCCAUGAAUCACUAGUUGUGUGUUGUAUGAACAUGUAAAUACUGUAAAUUACUCUCUGUUCAGAAUGUAAAUGAGUACAUAAACUUUUUUGUUAAAAAAUGAGGUGCUAUAGUCAUUUUGUAUUGUCUUCUCAUCAAGGAGUCGGCCUUUAAAAUUAUCAUUGAAAUGCCUUACUGUUCAGGGAAUUCAAUAGAUAUCUUGAUUCUAAACCAGGCAUGAGAAAACUUUGGCCCUCCAGGCAUUUUGGACUUCAACUCACACAAUUCCUAACAGCCGGUAAGGUUAGGGUAUGGGAUAAGAGCGGGAAAAAUAAAACAAAAUAUACUUAAGUAGAUAGAAGAUUGCAGAAGAAUUAUAAGCAUAAUAUCUCUUAAGCAGGGAAAGUUCUAAACUAGAUCGGAGGUAUCUUAUUAUUAUGCUAAUAAUAAUAAUAAUAAUAAUAAUAAUAAUAAUAAUAAUAAUAAUAAUAAUAAAACUUUAUACCCCGCCACCAUCUCCCCGUGGGGACUCGGGGCGGCUUACAUGGGGAAGCAGCCCAAACAACAUAAGGACAAAAUAUAAGCAACAUAAUAAAAAUCACAAUAUAAAAAAGAUAAAACAGUAAUACAAUAUAUCAAUUAAAACAACAAUACAGGAUAAAAAAUUGCAUUUAAAACACAUAAAUUGUAAGACCGUAAUAAAUACAGGAUAGAUUAUUAAAAACCCUCUGGGGCUGAUUAAUUAAUGACUAUAUCUCCGAAGGCCUGUUAUUUUAGAUUAGCAACUAUGUAAAAUGUUAACAUUCUUAAUGAUUUUACAUGUAUUAAGACAUCAACAAUUUCUCUUUUCUUUUUUUAAAUACAAUAUACUUUCCCAACUUAAAUACUGUUCUCAAAAUGGUUAAUUGUAUAUGCUGUUUGAAAAAGAGUACAAUAAAAUAAAAUAAAAUAAAUGGAAUUGUGGGAGUUGAAGUUCAAAACACGUGGAGGGCCAAAGUUUGCCCAUGCCUGUUCUAAACAUAUCGAAGACAAUUCUGUAAUUGUUUCCUUCUGUUUAUUCAUGGGUAGAGGGUUCAUAGCAGUGGGAAAUUUGAUGUUUGGGAACAUAGCUGUGUUUGAUAGGUGCAUAGAUCACAUUGUGAUUGCCUAUCUGGUGUGAAGUCUUUGAAUAUGUUUCUAUAGACCUUAUCCCACACUAAAUUUCCCCUGUUUUCUCACGUUGCCGUUACGGAGUCCAACUGAUGUCUUCCUAUGUGCAAUAACUUGUAUCUUUUUACACGCACACACACACACACACACACACACACACACACACACACACACACACACACAGAGUUUUCAGAAAUACUUCUUUGUGCAGAUUGUUUUUGUGCAAAAAUAUGAAUGUUUCUUGAAACGGUUUUUGCAUGAAAAUGUUUUUUUGCACCCAAAGAAAACUGUUUCUAAGAACACACUUUAUUAAGCAAAACCCACACAUUUUGUGCUUUAAAACCCCAUAUCCGCACAGAAUAAUUUUAUUGAACACACUGGGAUGUAUCAAUAUUGGGCAAAACCAUGUGCAAAGUUCUCAUACCUGUGUUGCAUUUUCUUGACUAAAUUACCCAUGGAAACAAAUAAUAGUGGGGAUAUAUACCCAUGAAAUCAUUGAAGUCAAUUUAGAAAAUAACUUGGAUAAAUGCUCUUUGAAUACAAUAUUGGGUUUUGGACAUCCAAGGAAGACACAAUCAUUUUAAUGAUGUAAUUCCCAACCCUGCCUUCCAAAAAUCUUUUUAAUGAUAUAUUUUUUAAAAAAUUAUAAAUGAUGCACAUAUCUUUGCAGUCACAGAUCAAUUGUGUUUUUAAAGCAAUUUGUCUAAAUUCUGGUGCGAAUUCUAUGAUCUCUCCCCCCCCAUUUUUUUUUUUAUGUCAGGAGCGACUUGAGAAACUGCAAGUCACUUCUGGUGUGAGAGAAUUGGCCGUCUGCAAAAACGUUACCCAGGGGACGCUUGAAUGUUUGAUGUUUUGCCAUCCUUAUAAGAGGCUUCUCUCAUGUCCCUGCAUGGGGAGCUAGAGCUGACAAAGGGAGCUCAUCUGCUCUACCUGAAUUCGAACUGUCGAUCUAUCUGUCACCAGCCCUGCCAGCACAAGGGUUUAACCCAUUGCGCCAACGGGGGCUCCUGUAUCCCCCCUUUUAACUGAAGUAUAUUACAAUCGUGAACAGGAUAAUGCUAAUUUAUCUGAAUGUUUUUGUAGCUCAGUAUCAACUCCCAAUGUUUAAAAAUUACUUUUAGAACACUAUCAGAAUGUCAGGAUUAUAUGUCGUGGAGAAGCUUAUGAACAUUUUAAAUGGAGGAACAAGCUGUGAUGUCUCAUGAGCCAUGUAGUCCCAUUCCUAGUACUAUGGUGACAGACGAAGAGGAAAACUUGGGUUUCCCACCGAUUUAGCCAGAAUCGGAGCCCUUGCACCUGGAGGAUGUUUGCCCUCAAGAAGUCAGCCAAACAAGCCUUGGGCAGAAUUCUCCCCCGUUUUCUCAAAGAGACAAUUAUAAUAGAGAUAGAGGAAAUAGGGAGGCGAAUCGCCGGAGCGCCAGAAUCGCAGCCAAACAAUUAGCUGAUUAAGUCUGCUUCCCUUGGGAAAUUCUAAGGAGUCUUGCAUCUGGACUAAGUUGAGUUUCACUUCUAGUUCUCCAGGGAAAGUGUUCUUCUGGCGGGAAACGAGACCCUAUUUAGGUGUUUGCCGCAAAGGAAACUUUGCGGAGUCAAUUCGUCAGCUGGAGGAGUGAGAUCGUGUGUAGACUUCGUACUCCAGUUCCCUGUUUCCCGGAUCAAGUUUCCAGCCUUGCCUUGUCCCGCGUUUGCCACGGAUCUUGUUUUUGCUCUUGUUGCCUUGUUUCAAGUCUUGUUCUAGCCAAGUAUCAAGUUUGCUUUCCAGCCUAAUUGCCAAGUUUCUAUGGACUUAAGGACCUUGUCUUCUCCCCACACUUUGCUUGGCAAAGUGUGUGUUUCGGUUAUUGGAUUAUAACUUUGGACUCUAAUAUCACAUAUUGGACAUUAUUUUCCUGGACUAUAUUUGACCUUUCCUGAAAGGUCUACUUCUGAACUAUAUUCUACACUUGUUUUAUUGACUUUAUAUAUAUUCCUUAAUAAAGAUAUUAGAUAGA